CAUAUGACCCAGCAGUUGCAUUCAUGGAUGUUUAUUCCAGAGAAAUUAAGGUUUAUGUUCACACGAAAACGUGUACGUAUAUAAAUUUUUAUUCAUGAUAGACCCAAAGUAGAAACAACUCCAAAGUGGAACUAUCCUUCAAAAGGUGAAUGAUUAAACAGCGUGGUUUAAUUUUAUCCACACUUUUCUGCAAUAAAAAGGAAUGCUUUGAUACAACAACCUGGAUGAAUCUCCAGAGGAUUAUGCAGAGUGAAACAGCGAGUCCCAAAAGGUAUUGUACUGAAUGAUUCCAUUUAUAUUACAUUCUUGAAAGGAUGCAGUUACAGAAAUGGAGAACAGGUUAGUUGUUACCAGAGGUGAAAGAAGGGAGGUGGAUGUGGCUAUAAAACGGCAAAGGAGGGAUCUUGAAAGUGAUGGAAAUAAGUGUUCUGUAUCUUGACUGUGUCAAUGUCAACAUCUUGGUUGUGAUGAUGUACUACAGUUUUGCAAGAUAUUACCAUUCAGAGAAACUGGGUGAAGAGUAUAGAGGAUCUCCCUGUAUUAUUUCUUACAACUGUAUAUGAAUCUACAGUGAUCUCAAAAUAGAGUAUAAUUUUAAAAACCUAAUCUUGUAGCAGGGCCUCCCUUUCCCCUCCUGCUUAAAACCCUCCAGUGGUUUCCAAUUCGUUCUUAAAAUAUGAGAUCUGGGACGCUAUUGUCUCUGUCCAUCUCCCCGGAUCACCAGGCUCUCCCUAGGCUUUCUGUGCUCCAUCCACACUGGCAUUCUUUUAGUUCCCCCACUAAACCUCCUCUGAUCUGCUAGGGGGCUUUUGCAAAUGCUGUUACCAUAUGAAUUGUGCUGACCUCUCUUCUAUUUAACUCCCACUCAUCCUUCAGAGCUCAGAUGAAGCCUCAAAUCCUUAGGACAACCUUCCCCAACCUCUCUAAGUCAGAUUCUCCUUGCCCCCUGUUUUCCUCUUUGGUAGUACUAUAUGUUCACCGCUACACUUUUACAUUUGUUUGCAUGUUUACUUAAUUUGCUUUCUUUACUAGACAGGUAGUUCCACGAGGAGAGGAACUGGAUCCGUUAGUCUCACUGUCUGCAAAGCGGCUAUCUCCGCCCCUAGAACGCUCAGUUUAAGAACAGUAUAAUAUUAAGAAUUCAAGGGCUGAAAGAAGUCGGGCGCGUCACACUAGCGUCGCGCUUGGUUCUAUGUCACUUCCUCCCGGAAGCCACAUUCUUGGGAAAUCAGAUUCCUGUCACUUCUCAGAAACCCUCGGUGGUGGCCAUGGCUCUGCCGCCCUACUUCGCCCCCGGUCGCCCGGGCCCGCCGCCCCCGCAGCCGCUCCCUCCCGCUCCCUUCGGCUGCCCGCCACCGCCACUGCCCUCCCCGGCUUUCCCGCCUCCUCUUCCCCAGCGGCCCGGUCCCUUCCCAGGGGCCUCCGCCCCCUUCCUCCAGCCCCCGCUGGCUCUCCAGCCCCGGGCCCCCGGGGAAACCUCCCGCGGCGGCGGUGGCUCCUUCUACCCGGUGCCGCCACCGCCGCUACCUCCGCCGCCUCCCCAGUGCCGGCCCUUCCCGGGGAUCGACGCCGGCGAGCGCCCGCGGCCGCCGCCUCCAGGCCCGGGGCCGCCUUGGAGUCCGCGCUGGCCAGAGGCGCCGCCGCCGUCCGACGUGCUUGGGGACGCGGUCCUGCAGCGCCUGCGGGACCGGCAGUGGCUAGAGGCGGUGUUCGGAACCUCACGGCGGGCGGGCUGCCCGGUCCCCCCGCGCCGGGCCUCCGGGCCCAGCCUGGGCGAAGUGCGCGCUCGGUUGCGCGAGGCUCUACGCCUGGUACGGCGGUUGCGUGACCUGGGCGAGGCCCUGCGCGAGGCCGAGGCCGACGGCGCGGCCUGGGCACUGCUGUAUGCCCAGGCCGCGCCGCUGCGCGCGGAACUGGCCCAGCGACUACAGCUGCUGACCCAGGCUGCCUAUGUGGGCGAGGCGCGGCGGAGACUGGAGAAGGUCCGGCGCCGCCGGAUGCGACUUCGCGAGAGGGCCCGGGAACGCGAGGCCGAGCGGGAGGCGGAGGCCGCGCGAGCAGCGGAGCGCGAGCAGGAGAUUGACCGCUGGAGGGUCAAGUGCGUGCAGGAGGUGGAGGAGAAGAAGCGGGAGCAGGAACUCAAAGCUGCUGCCGAUGGUGUCUUAUCUGAAGUGAGGAAAAAACAAGCAGACACCAAAAGAAUGGUGGACAUUCUUCGGGCCUUGGAGAAAUUGAGGAAACUCAGGAAAGAGGCUGCAGCAAGGAAAGGGGUCUGUCCUCCAGCCUCAGCAGAUGCGACUUUUGAGCAGCAUCUUCAGCGACUGAGAAAACUCAUUAAAAAACGCUCUGAACUCUAUGAGGCUGAAGAGAGAGCCCUCAGAGUUAUGUUAGAAGGAGAACAAGAGGAAGAGAGGAAACGAGAACUGGAAAAGAAACAGAGGAAAGAAAAAGAGAAGAUUUUACUUCAGAAACGUGAAAUUGAAUCCAAGUUAUUUGGGGAUCCAGAUGAGUUCCCACUCGCUCACCUCCUGCAGCCUUUCCGACAGUAUUACCUCCAAGCGGAGCACUCCCUGCCAGCGCUCAUCCAGAUAAGGCAUGAUUGGGAUCAGUACCUGGUGCCAUCUGAUCAUCCUAAAGGCAACUCCGUUCCCCAAGGAUGGGUCCUUCCCCCGCUCCCCAGCAACGACAUCUGGGCAACCGCCAUUAAACUGCAUUAGUAGAGAUGCUCCAGGAGUGUGGUCCCGCCAACGCUCUUUCCAGCUCUAAAUAUUAGUGAUGCUGCCAUCUUCUUGUGCUGUAGACUAAACCACAACUUCUGAACUCUGCAUGGUAUGGUCCUACCUAGAGCUACAUUUUCCUUCUGUGCUCUGUCCUGGCCAGAGGUGCCUCUUGAAUCAGGAGAUUAAUAUGGUUCUUCAGAAAAGGAUCUAGGUGAACUGGGGGCUGUUACCACAGGCAGUGGCCCUGGUUCACUGAAUUUGCCUCUGUUUUGAGGGGCUUGGUCCAGAGUGACCUGUUAAUUUACUCAGCUUCCUUGUGUGGUGAUGGGUAAGUACACUCCAUACACUCAAGGUGUGCACUCGAUAGUUUUAGCAGUCCUUCCCCCAGUACUGAGUGUGAAGGCAAGCUCGGCGAAAAACCUGCUUACCCUUCCUACCCAAAAGAGCCCCUAACUUCCAGGAAGAAAAAUCAGAAAUGCUUUAUCUUUGGUUUUGUGAAUCCCACUUUUGGUGCAUCCUGCGAGGCUGUAGGCUGCAGACUGGGCUGCCAGGAAAGCUGGUGGUGUAGUCAGGUAGCCAUGUGGAGAACGUGGAAAACCUGAAGAGAACCUGUACCCAAAUUGGAUUGCAUUUUAAUGGAUGAGGCUACAUAUUCCCCAUGUUAGAAGGACACUGAUGAAAGCACCUGCUUUUUAAGUUCCUAGAGGUAUAGUUGUUUAGAUCCCCAAGGAUAGAAAUUUAUUUCCCUGUGGAAGUGGGAUCUUAACCUCACUUGCUCUGUCACAUUAUAGGGGCCGGUGUAAGUAUGGAAUUUUCUUAGGAACUCAAGCUCCAAAAACAUCCAUGUAGUUAAAGCUGAGAAAAAGCAGAUAAAAGUAGUAAAAUGUAUUUUUUAAUAUUAAUUAAUAAAUACUCUUGUGCCUGGAGAUAUCAAUGAUAAAACAUGUCAGGUUUUUUUUGUUGUUUUGUGUUGCCUUUUGUCAUUUAUUGUUAUUUAUAUUUCCAAAAAGCUAAAUAAAUAUUUUUAUUUUUUAGUUUGAGCCUUUGCCACUAAUUUGUUGCCUCCCAAAUCGCUACACACACUUUCACUCUGAUAAAACACAUUUUUAUUCCAAACUUGAAAAUUUAUCA